GAUCAUAGGUGGCUGCUGUGACAAAGGGAAAUUGUGCUUUUCCAGCAUGCUUACUGACCCUGAUUUACCUCAGGAGUUUGAAAGGAUGUCUUCCAAGCGACCAGCCUCUCCGUAUGGGGAAGCAGAUGGGGAGGUAGCCAUGGUGACAAGCAGACAGAAAGUGGAAGAAGAGGAGAGUGACGGGCUCCCAGCCUUUCACCUUCCCUUGCAUGAAGUUGAUGGCAAUAAAGUUAUGUCUUCAUUUGCCCCACACAACUCAUCUACCUCACCUCAGAAGGCAGAAGAAGGUGGGCGACAGAGUGGCGAGUCCUUGUCUAGUACAGCCCUGGGGACUCCUGAGCGGCGCAAAGGCAGCUUAGCUGAUGUUGUUGACACCUUGAAGCAGAGGAAAAUGGAAGAGCUCAUCAAAAAUGAGCCAGAAGAAACCCCCAGUAUUGAAAAGCUACUAUCAAAGGACUGGAAAGACAAGCUUCUUGCAAUGGGAUCAGGGAACUUUGGUGAAAUAAAAGGGACUCCCGAAAGCCUCGCUGAGAAGGAGAGACAGCUCAUGGGGAUGAUCAAUCAGCUCACCAGUCUGCGAGAGCAGCUGUUGGCUGCCCAUGACGAGCAGAAGAAACUGGCUGCAUCUCAGAUCGAGAAACAGCGCCAGCAAAUGGAGCUGGCCAAGCAGCAGCAAGAACAGAUUGCAAGACAACAGCAGCAGCUUCUGCAGCAACAACACAAAAUCAAUUUGCUUCAGCAACAGAUCCAGCAGGUUCAAGGUCAACUGCCGCCAUUAAUGAUUCCUGUAUUCCCUCCCGAUCAACGGACACUGGCUGCAGCUGCCCAGCAAGGAUUCCUCCUUCCUCCAGGCUUCAGCUAUAAGGCUGGAUGUAGUGACCCUUACCCUGUACAGCUGAUCCCAACUACCAUGGCAGCUGCUGCUGCAGCAACACCAGGCUUAGGCCCACUCCAACUGCAGCAGUUAUAUGCUGCCCAGCUAGCCGCAAUGCAGGUGUCUCCAGGAGGAAAGCUCCCAGGCAUACCCCACGGCAACCUUGGUGCUGCUGUGUCUCCUACCAGCAUUCACACAGACAAGAGCACAAACAGCCCACCACCCAAAAGCAAGGAUGAAGUGGCACAGCCACUGAACCUAUCAGCUAAACCCAAGACCUCUGAUGGCAAAUCACCCACAUCACCCACCUCUCCCCAUAUGCCAGCUCUGAGAAUAAACAGUGGGGCAGGCCCCCUCAAAGCCUCUGUCCCAGCAUCAUUAGCUAGUCCUUCAGCCAGAGUUAGCACAAUAGGUUAUUUAAAUGACCAUGAUGCUGUCACCAAGGCAAUCCAAGAAGCUCGACAGAUGAAGGAACAACUUCGGCGGGAACAACAGGUGCUUGAUGGGAAGGUGGCUGUUGUGAAUAGUCUAGGUCUCAAUAACUGCCGAGCAGAAAAGGAAAAAACAACACUGGAGAGUCUGACUCAGCAACUGGCAGUUAAACAGAAUGAAGAAGGAAAAUUUAGCCAUGCCAUGAUGGAUUUCAAUAUGAGUGGAGAUUCUGAUGGAAGUGCUGGAGUCUCAGAAUCAAGAAUUUAUAGAGAAUCCAGGGGGCGUGGUAGCAAUGAACCCCACAUAAAGCGUCCAAUGAAUGCCUUCAUGGUGUGGGCUAAAGAUGAACGAAGGAAAAUCCUUCAAGCCUUUCCUGACAUGCACAAUUCCAACAUCAGCAAGAUACUGGGAUCUCGCUGGAAAGCUAUGACAAACCUAGAGAAACAGCCAUAUUAUGAGGAGCAAGCCCGUCUCAGCAAGCAGCACCUGGAGAAGUACCCUGACUACAAAUACAAGCCCAGGCCGAAGCGCACCUGCCUGGUGGAUGGCAAAAAGCUGCGCAUCGGGGAAUACAAGGCAAUCAUGCGGAACAGGCGGCAGGAAAUGCGGCAAUACUUCAAUGUUGGGCAACAAGCACAGAUCCCCAUCGCCACUGCUGGUGUCGUGUACCCUGGAGCCAUCGCCAUGGCUGGAAUGCCCUCCCCUCAUCUGCCCUCGGAGCACUCAAGCGUGUCCAGCAGCCCGGAGCCCGGGAUGCCUGUGAUCCAGAGCACUUACGGCGUGAAAGGAGAGGAGCCACACAUCAAAGAAGAGAUCCAGGCUGAGGACAUCAACGGAGAAAUUUACGAUGAGUACGAGGAGGAAGAGGAUGAUCCAGAUGUAGAUUAUGGGAGUGACAGUGAAAACCACAUUGCAGGACAAGCCAACUGAUAAGGGUCAAAAAGAUUGUCGUGACCUUAGGACUUAAAGAAGCCCUAGCUGGUUCAUCCUUACCAGUGGCCAAGCACAUUAACUUUCUCAUACACUGACUGUUACUUUAACUGUUAGUCUUAAAUAGUUGGGACAUCAGCUGACUAAUAGACCUCAGCCUCAAAAGGCUUGGAAAGGAAAUAAAAAUACAACAAGCAAACAACAAUAUCAACAACAAGAGAUUGAAAUAAGCUAUGGGUAAAAUAAUGCCAGUAAUUCAGCUGCUACAUCCAAGCACUGAAGUCUUACCCGUCAACUUUUUUUUUUAAUAAACUUUAUGGCUGUUUGUUCUACAAUGUUCUAGAAAUUCUCACUCAGGUACACAGUGCCAACAAGUGGCUUGUGAAUGUGUUUUGUUGUUUUGUGCUACAGUUUUUAAAAAGAAAUAAGUUUUGUUUUUUGGGGUUUCUGGGUUUUUUUUCCUUUUCUUUCUUUCCUUUCGUUGUUUUUGUUUUUGUUCUUGUUUUUGUUUUCGGUAAUGCACCUGACAGAAAAAAAAAAAGAAA